GGCGUAAUUGUCUGUCUUUGCUCUGUUUGUGUAUAAGAGCGUCGUGUCCGUAGUCUGUGUUUCUGUUCUGUUCUGUGUUCUGUUGCUGUUGCUGCUGCUACUUCUGCUGCUGCUACUUCUUCACUCACCAUGCCUCACAACAUCACCCACCGCGAGAUGCCCGCAGUCAUCCGCACCGACGUCGUCACCCGCCAACUGGCCUCCAUCGUCGACGCCGGCGGCAGCUCCUCCAUGAGCCGCCAAUCCAGUCAACCCUUCAGUCUCUCCGACGACGGCGGCGUCACCGCCGCUGCCGACAGACGCUUCCUGACCGCCCUGCAGACCGCAGAUCAAGACGAGGUCCGCGAGCUCUACUAUCUCUCCCAGCACCGCCGCCCCGCCUCGGUCACGACGCCUGCUCCGUCGACCACCGGCCUCAAUCUCGACAAACAUGACAUCAUGUGCCGUCAUCUGUACAACUCCUGCACGCGCCGCCACUGGCUCGAGACGUUGCCGGACGGCGUGCCUUCGAUCGCGCUCAGAGUCGACCACGAGGUGCACCGCGCGCCGGUCGCGAGCCGGCCUAUGUCUUCUGCGUCGUCGCAGAUCAGCGCGUCUGCCUCGUCGGUGUCGGAGCAGCAUGCUUCGCUUGCCGCGCAGGCCUCGACCAUUGACGAUACGGCAGAGUACCGCGUCUUCCCACCGACCUCGUCAGACGUCGAAGGCGCGUUCUUCGCUGACCGCGUCGCGGGUCUCAACGUCAAAGUCUGCGUGCGUCUGUCGUACACGAUCGUGAACGUCAUUCUAUCCUACAUGCCCGACGACGCCGUGGCCGUCCCGCUCUCCGACAACACGCGCAUCCAGAUCCUGGAUUCGAUCGUCGAUCUCCCGCGCGCGCGCAAGCACCAGUACGCCGCGUUCGUGCGCGAGGAGCAGUGUCUUUUAGUCUGGUCCGACGACGUCACGAGGCUGCUGUCGCUCGCGUCGAUGCUCGAGUCGCGGAUGAUGGAGCUCGUGUGGCAGCCUGGUAGUCUUGAGGAGCGGUUCAGUGUGCCGACUGCUGCGGCGUUUGAGGCGAAUCCGUUUGAGAGCCGCGAGGUUGAGGAGGGGGCGGAGAGUGUUCAGGAGAAGACGGAGGAGGAUCCUGAGUUGGCUCAGGUCAAGAAGCGGCCGUCGAUGCUUUUGCAGGCUUUAACUGUUGGACUUGCUAUUUUGAUUCUAUUCACCUUCAUCGGUCUAAUGAUGCGCACGAUCGCCAAAGAAAUCAAAGCAGACGGAAACUACCUGCGCCUGCUGGCAGUUCUCUACAUCCUCCCCUUCUCUCUUCUCUGCGCGUUCUUCUGCGUCGCGAUCGCAGGCGUCGUCGUCCAGUUCUUCGGCCCGGUUUCGCAAAUGCGGUCAAACUCACUGACCUUCUCCGCCAUCCGCCCGCCGCGCCUGUCCGCGUCCAAGAUCAGGCUUCCUCAUAUUACGAUCCAGUGCCCUGUGUACAAAGAGUCGUUGGCGGGGGUUAUCAAUCCCACGAUCCAGUCGAUCAUGACGGCCGUGACUACGUACGAGCUGCAGGGCGGGUCGGCGAGUAUUUUUGUCAACGACGACGGCAUGCAGCUUAUUCCGGAAGACGAAGCGGCCGAGCGACGGGCGUAUUACGCGGAGCACUUGAUUGGAUGGGUCGCACGGCCGCCCCAUGGGCGCAACGGGUUUGAGCGCCGAGGCCGGUUCAAGAAGGCGAGUAACAUGAACUACUCUCUAAACAUCAGCAACCGCGUCGAGGAGAAGCUAGAGAAGAUUGAGCGCCAUGAGAAGUGGACUGAUCUGGAGGAGGAAGCGGCGUAUGAGAACGCGCUGCGGGAGGUGAUUGCCGAGGAGAACGGCGAGUGCCUGGCGGCGGGGGAUAUCCGCAUCGGCGACCUGAUCCUGCUGAUUGACUCGGACACGCGAGUGCCGGAGGACUGUUUUCUGGACGCCGCGUCUGAGUUUUACUACUCGCCCGAGAUUGCGAUCUUGCAGCAAAAGUCGGGGGUUAUGAUGGUGGUGCACAACUACUGGGAGGAGCUGAUUGCGUGGUUCACGCGUCUGAUUUACUUUGCGAUUCAGUACGCGACGGCUGGAGGCGACGCUGCUGCGUUUGUGGGACAUAAUGCGUUUCUGAGAUGGUCUGCGCUGCAGGAGCUGGCGUAUGAAGACAAGACUGAUAAUAACCGCGUCAAGUACUGGUCCGAGCAGCAUGUGUCUGAGGACUUUGAGGUGUCGCUCAAGUUGCAGACCAAGGGCUAUACUAUCAGACUGGUAUCGUACACGAACGACCAGUUUGAGGAAGGAGUGUCGUUGACGGUCUACGACGAGCUGACGCGGUGGCAAAAGUACGCGUAUGGAUGCAACGAGCUGAUGUUCCGGCCGGCCAAGUACUGGCUGACGGGGCGAGUGUUUACUCCGCUGUUUUGGAACUUCUUGACGUCCAACAUCAAGUUUUUCCAAAAGUUUACAAUCAUCGCGUACAUCGGGACAUACUAUGCGAUUGCGGCGUCGCUGUUCUUGUCGACGCUCAACUAUUUUCUGAUCGGAUGGCUCGAGUUUGAGCUCGACCAGAUCUACCUGAGCUCGUUCAACAACUUCCUGUCGCUGGUUGUGGUGUUUUCGGGAGCGUCGCCGAUAGUGAAUGCGCUCGUGCGGUACAGGACGAAAGAGACAACGUUCUUCAAGGCGCUGGUGGAGAAUGUGAUGUAUGGGUUUAUGAUGAUGAUCUUCCUGGGCGGACUACCCUGGCACCUCAACCUCGCGUUCCUGAGCCACAUAUUCGGGUUCAACAUGCAGUGGGGCGCGACGGCGAAGGAGCUCGAGUCGUCUAAUUUCUUCCGGGAGUUUCCCAAGAUCGUGCGCGGGUUCAAGUACAUGUACAUUGUGCUGUUUGGGCUGGUUGCGGGGAUGCUUGCGCUGGCGUAUGGGGUGCCGUGGAACUGGCGGAUCACGGGGUUCUACCCGUCGCUGCCGCUGGGAUGGGCGAUUGCGAGUCAUAUUCUGACGCCGAUUGUGCUGAAUCCGCAGCUGAUGACAUUUUCGUUUUAGUUUGUUAGUUUGUUAUGGCAGUUGAGUUGCUUUUAAUAGAUGUUGAGUAUAUAUGUGUAAUAAGUAUAUGAGCGGCUGGGAGGGCCGCAAGUAGGGC